CACAAGCCUAGAUAUUUAAAAGGACACAAGACUAGAUAUUUAGGAGGAGACAAGGCUAGAUAUUUAAGUGGACACAAGCCCAGGUAUUUAAGAAGACACAAGUCUAGAUAUUUAAGACAACACAAGUCUAGAUAUUUAAGAGGACACAAGCCCAGGUAUUUAAGAGGACACAAGCCUAGAUAUUUAAGAGGACACAAGCCUAGAUAUUUAAGAGGACACAGGCCUAGAUAUUUAGGAGGAGACAAGACUAGAUAUUUAAGAGGACACAAGCCCAGGUAUUUAAGAGGACACAAGCCUAGAUAUUUAAGAGGACACAAGCCUAGAUAUUUAAGAGGACACAAGCCUAGAUAUUUAAGAGGACACAAGCCUAGAUAUUUAAGAGGACACAAGCCUAGAUAUUUAGGAGGACACAAGUCUAGAUAUUUAAGAGGACACAAGCCCAGGUAUUUAAGAGGACACAAGCCUAGAUAUUUAAGAGGACACAAGCCUAGAUAUUUAAGAGGACACAAGCCUAGAUAUUUAAGAAGACACAAGACUAGAUAUUUAAGAGGACACAAGCCUAGAUAUUUAGGAGGAGACAAGACUAGAUAUUUAAGAGGACACAAGCCCAGGUAUUUAAGAGGACACAAGCCUAGAUAUUUAAGAGGACACAAGCCUAGAUAUUUAAGAGGACACAAGCCUAGAUAUUUAAGAGGACACAAGCCUAGAUAUUUAAGAGGACACAAGCCUAGAUAUUUAGGAGGAGACAAGUCUAGAUAUUUAAGAGGACACAAGCCCAGGUAUUUAAGAGGACACAAGCCUAGAUAUUUAAGAGGACACAAGCCUAGAUAUUUAAGAGGACACAAGCCUAGAUAUUUAAGAAGACACAAGCCCAGGUAUUUAAGAGGACACAAGCCUAGAUAUUUAAGAGAACACAAGCCCAGGUAUUUAAGAGGACACAAGCCUAGAUAUUUAAGAGGACACAUGACUAGAUAUUUAAGACAACACAAGACUAGAUAUUUAAGAGAACACAAGCCCAGGUAU